UAAAUUAAGUCGAAGGCCAAAACAUAAAUCAAAGAUAAUACAAAAAACAUAUAUUUGCUUGACCAUUAUAAAUGUUUCCCACGGCCGCGUCGAUCGUUAAAAGUGUUUCUACAUUCGCUAAGCAAGCGUCUUGUAGAGCAGUGCACACGACAAGAAUAGUCAUGGCUCCGAUAAAGGUUGGUGAUAAGCUGCCGGCAGUUGAUUUGUUUGAAGAUUCGCCGGCGAACAAAGUGAAUAUUUGCGACUUGACAGCCGGAAAGAAGGUCGUCCUUUUCGCUGUUCCCGGCGCAUUUACACCAGGAUGUUCCAAAACUCAUUUGCCAGGUUAUGUGGAAAGCGCCGACAAGUUGAAAUCGGAAGGUGUAUCGGAGAUUAUUUGCGUGUCCGUGAAUGAUCCCUAUGUGAUGGGAGCAUGGGGCAAUCAACACAACACAAAAGGAAAGGUGCGCAUGCUAGCUGACCCAUCAGGCAACUUCAUCAAAGCCUUGGACCUCGGCGUAAACCUGCCACCACUUGGCGGUCUUCGCUCCAAGCGAUUCUCCAUGGUCAUCAAUGAUAGCACCGUGGAGGAAUUGAACGUUGAGCCAGAUGGCACUGGCCUUUCUUGCUCCCUCGCUGAUAAACUUAAGUUGAAGAAGUAAACUUGAAAAUUUAAUCUUUAAGAUCCUGUCUCAGUGAAUUGAUCACUCCCUGCUUUAUUAGCCUUUUUUAGACUUUGAAGCACCCCUUGUGAUAUGUUUAUUAAAGUGUAUAUGUAUAGUUUGA